CCCUCCCAAGCUGCCGCCGUACGGCCUGAUCAGUCGCUCGGUAUAGCCGCUGGUGUGGGCUGACGCGCAGGGCACUGUGGGUAGUCUCCUCCUCCCUGUCUCCGCCGCCGGUAGUGUGCUCAUCUUUCCUCUGUCUCCCCGCACACCGGACAUCACACAUGGCGCUGCACGUCCCAAAGGCCCCGGGCUUCGCCCAGAUGCUGAAAGACGGAGCCAAGCACUAUUCUGGCCUAGAAGAAGCUGUAUAUCGGAACAUCCAGGCCUGUAAGGAACUUGCCCGGACUACCCGCACAGCCUAUGGCCCAAAUGGAAUGAACAAAAUGGUCAUCAAUCACUUGGAAAAACUGUUUGUGACCAAUGAUGCAGCUACUAUCAUCCGUGAGCUGGAGGUCCAGCAUCCAGCUGCAAAGAUGAUUGUAAUGGCAUCUCACAUGCAGGAGCAGGAAGUUGGCGAUGGCACAAACUUCGUGCUGGUGUUUGCUGGCGCCCUCCUUGAGCUGGCAGAGGAACUGCUCAGAAUGGGACUCUCUGUGUCCGAGGUGAUUGAGGGCUAUGAAAAGGCCUGUAAGAAAGCCCUGGAGAUUCUCCCGGACCUGGUCUGCAACUCCGCCAAGAACCUGCACGAUGUUGAUGAAGUUGCCUCCCUCCUGCAGACCGCCAUCAUGAGCAAACAAUAUGGCAAUGAGCUAUUUCUGUCUAAGCUCAUAGCUCAGGCCUGUGUUUCCAUCCUUCCUGAUUCUGGGAACUUCAAUGUAGAUAACAUCAGGGUUUGCAAAAUUCUGGGAUCUGGCGUCUGUGCAUCAUCCGUCUUGCAUGGUAUGGUCUUCAAGAAAGAAACUGAAGGGGACGUCACAUCUGUAAAAGAUGCCAAAAUUGCAGUGUUUUCCUGUCCUUUCGAUGGCAUGAUCACAGAAACCAAGGGUACUGUGCUAAUAAAUAAUGCACAAGAACUGAUGAACUUCAGCAAAGGGGAAGAGAACAUGAUGGAGGAGCAGGUGAAGUCUAUAGCUGAUGCCGGAGCCAACAUUAUCGUCACAGGUGGCAAGGUUGCAGACAUGGCAUUGCACUACGCCAACAAAUACAACCUUAUGUUGAUCAGGCUAAAUUCUAAAUGGGAUUUGAGGCGACUGUGUAAAACGGUUUCUGCAACAGCCUUGCCGAGACUGACUGCUCCUACACCAGAGGAAAUUGGGCAUUGUGACAGUGUGUACUUGUCAGAAGUUGGGGACACACAAGUUAUUGUAUUUAAACAUGAAAAGGAGGAUGGCGCCAUAGCAACAAUCAUCGUACGGGGUUCUACAGACAACCACAUGGAUGACGUGGAGCGGGCAGUGGAUGAUGCCGUCAAUACCUUCAAAGUCCUCACGCGGGAUAAGCGCCUUUUACCUGGUGGCGGCGCCUCAGAUAUCGAAUUGGCGAAGCAAAUAACGUCCUAUGGGGAGACUUGUCCGGGACUGGACCAGUACGCCAUCAAGAAGUUUGCAGAAGCAUUUGAGGCUGUUCCCAGAGCUCUUGCAGAAAACUCCGGGGUGAAAGCUAAUGAGGUUAUCUCCAAGCUGUACGCAAUGCAUCAGGAGGGGAACAAGAAUGUGGGCUUUGAUAUAGAGGCUGAGACCGCGGCAGUGAAAGAUAUGCUGGAAAGUAACAUCUUUGAUACUUACCUUGUAAAAUUUUGGGGGAUAAAGCUGGCUACAAAUGCUGCCGUGACUGUGCUGCGAGUAGAUCAGAUAAUCAUGGCAAAACCCUCAGGAGGGCCAAAACCACCAGCGGGGAAAAAGGACUGGGAUGACGACCAAAACGACUGAACACCACCGGCUUUAUUUAUCUGUUUUUCCAUUAUGGAUUGUCUGAUUAUUGUAUGUCAUGAGGGACAGCAGAAGCUGUCUAAGAUUUUGUUCACUUAAGUUAAAAAUACUGUACAAUAAAGUCCAAAACCCUUCUA